AUGGCAGCUCAGGCUAGCGAGGAUCUGCAGAAGCUUGACCUGAACGGCCAGGGCGGUGCCGCUAAAGCGGACGCCCCUACCGCGGGUCAAGCAGAAGCCGGAGAGGCAGAGGACGACUCGGAUGAUGACGCUGAUGAAGGAAACGCUGCUCCCGAAGGCGGAGCCAACGGAGCCGCCAAGAAAAAGAAGAAGCGCAAGUCUAAGAAGAAGAAGAAGGGCGGUGCCAAGGUUCAGAGCGAGCCCCCGCGGGUCCCUUUGUCUCAACUCUUCGCCGGCAAGCAGUAUCCUGAGGGCGAGAUCGUCGAGUAUAAGGAUGAUAACUUGUACCGCACGACCAACGAAGAAAAGCGUUAUCUCGACCGCAUGAACAAUGAUUUCCUGCAGGAGUACCGUCAGGGUGCCGAGGUGCACCGUCAGGUCCGUCAGUAUGCGCAGAAGACCAUCAAGCCGGGCCAGACCUUGACGGAGAUUGCUGAGGGCAUCGAGGAUUCGGUGCGUGCUUUGACUGGCCACCAGGGUCUUGAGGAAGGUGACAACCUCAAGGGUGGUAUGGGUUUCCCCUGCGGCCUGAGCAUCAACCAUUGUGCCGCUCACUACACACCCAAUGCGGGCAAUAAGAUGGUGUUGCAGCAGGGAGAUGUGAUGAAGGUCGACUUCGGCGCGCACAUUAACGGCCGUAUUGUCGACAGUGCUUUUACUGUGGCUUUCGACCCAGUUUACGACCCAUUGCUUGAGGCCGUUAAGGAUGCUACCAAUACUGGAAUUCGCGAAGCGGGUAUUGACGUCCGCAUGAGCGAUAUUGGUGCCGCCAUCCAGGAGGCCAUGGAAAGUUAUGAAGUCGAAAUCAACGGGACCAUGCAUCCCGUGAAGUGUAUUAGGAAUCUCAACGGUCACAACAUUGACCAGCACGUCAUCCACGGAGGCAAGAGUGUUCCGAUUGUGAAGGGUGGUGAUCAGACCAAGAUGGAGGAAGGUGAAGUUUUCGCCAUUGAGACCUUCGGUAGUACCGGAAAGGGCUACGUGAGAGAAGACAUGGAAACAUCCCACUACGCCUUGGUUCCUAAUGCCUCUCCGGUACCUCUGCGUCUUUCUUCGGCCAAGAACCUGUUGAAUGUGAUCAACAAGAACUUCGGCACUUUGCCUUUCUGCCGUCGUUAUCUUGACCGACUUGGACAGGACAAAUAUCUUCUUGGAUUGAACAACCUGGUUUCGUCCGGAAUUGUCCAGGACUACCCGCCACUUUGCGAUAUCAAGGGCUCUUACACUGCCCAAUACGAACAUGCCCUCGAUGCACAGAAUGACCAGCAGUCGGUUCGAAUUCCACCGCCAGAGUCGUCUAUAGUUGAGGACCAAUUCUUUUGGACAUAUACGGAAGAGCCUCACCGUUCAAGACGACAAGCGAUUAUCAAGGCCCAUCCAGAGGUAACCAAGCUCUGCGGUCCCGAACCUCUCACCAAAUACGUCGUGUUCGGCGUUGUCUCCCUCCAGAUAUGCUGUGCGUAUCUACUCCGGGACACCUCGAUGCUGUCCUGGCGGUUCCUUGCAACCGCAUACUUGAUCGGAGCAACCGCCAAUCAGAAUCUCUUCCUCGCCAUCCAUGAAAUUUCUCAUAACCUGGCCUUCCGGUCUCCAAUGGGUAAUCGCCUGCUGGCGAUUUUUGCCAAUCUCCCUAUUGGGCUGCCUUACAGCGCCGCGUUCCGGCCCUACCACCUAACGCAUCAUAAGUCUCUCGGCGUCACAGGCCUCGAUACCGAUCUUCCAACUGCGGUUGAAGCCUUCCUCCUUGACUCCCUCCUCGGCAAGGCCUUCUUCUGCACUUUCCAGAUCCUCUUCUACGCCGUCCGGCCUAUGUUCAUCUACAGCCCGCCCUUCACCUACAUCCACGCUCUAAAUCUUACCGUCCAACUCUCCUUCGACUACGCCCUCACAAAAUUCUGCGGCGGUUCACUACAGCCUUUCUUCUACCUCAUCCUCAGCUCGUUCCUCGCCGGCUCGCUCCAUCCAUGCGCAGGCCACUUCAUCGCAGAACAUUACUUCUUCUCCAAGGUCGACCACGGAACGGAGUCUAUCACAGUGCAGAAGACGAAAUCCACCGAAAAGAAACAGCCCCACCCCUUGGAUAACCUCCCUCCCCCCGAAACAUACUCCUACUAUGGACCACUCAACAUCUUGACUUACAACGUCGGUCUGCAUAAUGAACACCACGAUUUCCCCGCCAUCCCUUGGACAAGAUUACAUGCGCUUCAUCGCAUCGCGAGCGAGUUCUACGAGCCGCUGCCUUGCCAUCGUUCCUGGGUCUGGGUUAUCUGGACGUUCAUUCUGGACAAGAAUGUCGGGAUGUGGUGUCGGGUUAAGAGAGCCCAGGGGGGCCGGAUUGUCGGUGGUGGCGGGAAGUCCGGACGUAGCGGAGAGACUAUCUCGGCUGAGUCGGCUGGGCCGGAGGAGAAUGAAGAUGGGUGGAAGGAGAGCGAACUUCAAAAUUGA